CAUGCACACAACGGCGUACUUAUGCCAGUAACUCCUCCACGACACCGAAAACGAAACUAUUUCGUGCCGCCAGAGGUGCCUACACAAAUUGUCGAACCACAAUGGCUGCCAUUACGAGAAUAUUGCGUACAACCUGGACUUACUAGCAUUGAAGGCCGCGUACUAAUUUCUACUUUAUGGUGAAUGUGCUGCGCAUUCCAUGGCAAUGUUGAAGAAAUCAUGCUGAUGAUAUAGUUGCUAGAGUUUAAAUUCGCAGCAAACUCUAGGAAGGCUCAGCGCUGCCCGACAUCCGGGUGACGGUGAAGUGCAAUACAGUACACUCGAUGGGCUUAUAAAAUGUAUGUAAACAUUUACGCUAACGUCACAGACUACGCUGCAGAACCUUCCGCGCCUGCACAGAGCCAGAAAGAAGAAUGCAGUGUGUGUGGGGAAGGCCAUGUGACUGCAGCUUGCCCACUUUUGGGCCUGGCCCAGAAAGUGGAUGACAAGUCGGUGCCGUCACGGGCACGCCUCUCACUGCCACCGACAUUGGCUCUGGCUGAAAAUGCAGAGUGUGGCCCUCGUGUUACAGCCCGUGAGGACAUUCCGGUGGGAACUCAGUUUGGGCCUGUUGAAGCCCCCCGUUACCGUGCUUUCAAAGGCAGGCCACGCUUCAAGCUCAAGGUGUUUCCAACCAAGGGUCGUGCCACUUGUCUCGACACGUCAGAUGAGUAUCAGUGCAACUGGAUGUGCUUUGUGGAGCCUGCAUCAGAGCCAUCGGUGCAAAAUCUCAUUGCUUACCAACUGGGUCAAGACAUCUACUUCAGCGUGCAGAAGCCAAUUAAGUCGGGUGAUGCACUGUACGUGGGCUAUGCACCACCAUAUGGUCGCAAGAUGGCUGGUCCUACUGAAGAACUUCCAUCACAGUACACAGCAUCAGUACCUGCACAGCCAGGGGGCCCACCAGCUAAAAGAAAGAGGGGGCGGCCGCCCAGAAGUGCCUCAAUGGCACGCCCCACAAAAGUCACCAUCAUACCACAGGUCGAUCCUGGACAAGCUGUUUUGACUGGUGACUCGCCAGCUGAUGGCACGGUCAGCCUGGAAGCGGCCUCAAGUGUGGUCUCUUCACACGAUCGUCAGCAGUGGACUUGCUCGCAGUGUGGCCGCCUGUACAGAGACAGUGUGCAGUUUGCCCGUCAUCUGCAAGACCAUUACCGGCCAGCCUAUCUGCGGGAACUCAUGGGUAGGCAGCGCGAGGGAGGCCGACCCCAUGCCAUCCGUGGGCGUGGAAGACCAAGGUCGCAGCCAUUGGCACUACAGACCGGCCAGGUUGUGGUUAUGACAAGUUCUGGAGACACUUCAAAUGCAGUGCCGUUGGAAGCAAUUACUGAGGAGGCCAGUGGAGCCCUCUUAAUUCAAGGUGACGCAGUGGGCCAGAUGACAAACCAGAAUGGAGCUGUGAUUGAUGACAAGGAGGCCCAGGAGAAGGACACAUUGGAAGAAGGAAACCGCACGCAGCUUCUCAUCCAGCUACAGGAUGGCUCCAUUCAUGAGAUACUGGCCUAUGAUGGGAAUCUCAACCUGCCAGCCACCGCAGCCAUCGUUGAGGGGCAGCAGCCAGGUGAAGGUAUUCAACUAGUAGAAGACAGCUCCUGUGCAGCAGCUCCAGCAACCACCAUGACUCUGACAACUCUCGAUCAGCUGUCGUUGCGUCAGUUCCCACAGGAGGCAGUGGUGGCCGUGCCAAAUGGCGAGCCUGCCAUACAGCGGCAACGGCAACAGCAGCCGGCUAUUGUUGUCAGACGUGGCCGAAAGCCAAAGGCAAGUGGGGCAACCACUCGCGAGUCAGGCGCCAUGGCCGCACGAAGGUUUGAAGAAGUAGAACGGCAAUCGGCUGGCAAGUACAACCUGAGAACAACGCGCAAGGCCCUUGUCGUCGAUGAGGGUAAUGACGAGGACUCUGAUUAUGAAGGGGAUGACUACUCGGACUACGAAAGUGGCUACGAUGGCAAGUAUGCCUCUGGUUUCGAAUCAGACUCCCAGCUGCCCAGUGGCCAAGUUUCUGGAAACGAGCUCAUAGGUCCUCGUAUCGCAACAACAGCUGAAGGGGAGCCCACAGCUCCAAACAGUCAAGCUCUGGCCAGUGACGUUCCCAAGGAGCUGCAUGUAGCUGUGGAGAUGUUGACCUCAUUGCCUUGCCAGUCUAAUGACCAACCAAUGGAUAUAAGUGAUGGCUCCAGUGGACCAGUCCAGUCUUCGGAGGAUACACAGCAGAAACAACAGGCAAGGGCUAAGGGACUGUUUCAGUUCUGCUUCUUCUCUUUCGAUCUGAUUCACCAAAAACAGUUUAUACCGGUGUCACUUCGGCACUUCGGAGGCCCUUUGAACCAAGAGCUGUCAGCUGCGGUUGCUGAAAGCCUUGGCACAGCCUCUGAGGCAAUGGCCACAGAGCCUGUCGAUGCAUAUGCAACUGAAAGCACAGAGGUUCAAGAGGAAGGGGGCCAGGUGGUGGAAAAGUUCUACAGAAGUGUGGAGCAGGUGCGACUUGACCGGCCCAAGAGGCCAGGUCGUUUCUCGUGCGACCUGUGCGGCAAGGGCUUCAAUCAGACGCUGUAUCUGUUUCGCCACAUCCGCAAACACACUGGCGAGUUCACCUGCCACCGGUGCAAUAGAGUGUUUGCACGCAAAGAGAACCUGCAGAACCAUGCCUGUUCCGGGCGAUCGAUGGACCGGUCAGAGUUGCCAUGUACUGUGUGUGGCAAGACUUUUGGCACAGAUCGACUGCUGCGCCGGCACAUGGCAAAGCACACGGGGCAGCACAUGUGCCCUGACUGUGGCAAGAGCUAUACUACCAGGGAGAUUCUGUCAAACCACGCUUGCCCGCAGCGGCCUAAAGUGGAGAGGUUCAGCUGUGGUGUGUGUGGCAAGGCAUUCACACGGCAUGGCUACCUGCUGAAGCACCUGCCUGUGCACACGGGACAACACGCGUGCCCCGUGUGUGGCAAGUGGUUGCGCUCGCUUGACUCGCUCGCCAACCACAUGCGCCUCUGCACCCAAGUACAAGAAAUACAGCUGCAUGGGCAGGCAGCCUGCUCACACUGCCAGAAGGUGUUCACCAAUGCAGCUGAAUUUCGACGACACCAGUAUGAGCACACACAUGUACACCAGUGCGAAGUGUGUGGGGGUCGCUUCCGCAACCCCACACUGCUUGCAGCACAUGUGUGCCAAGGGAAGCCAGUGGAGUGUGAGGCCUGUGGUGAAGUCUUUCAAUCUGUUGCCGCCCGUGACCAGCAUCAGGCUGCUACGCAUGGAGAGCCACAGUUCAAGUGCGAGACAUGUGGCAAGGGCUUCUUCAAGCAGGAGACACUGUCCGAGCACCCAUGUGUCAACAUACUCGAUGCCACUAGUACUGAGUCAGGAUCACGCAAGCGGGACACUAACCUAACCCCACUGGUGUGCGAGAUCUGUGGCUCAACCUUCUCUUCAACGAGCAGCCUCAAUGUUCACAAGACCCUUCAUGGAGAGAAGCGGUUCCAGUGCGACGUUUGUGGCAAACGCUUCCAUCGUAAAGAUCUCUUGUUGGAGCACCAUGCAGUACAUGGUGAUCCUACGUACCCAUGUCCAACGUGCCAAAAACUUUUCAAGACUAAGAAGUCCCUGGACGUGCACAUGAUGAUUCACAGUGGUGUCAAGAGGUUCAAGUGUGGUGUCUGUGGCAAGGAGUUCUUCCAAAAGGGCAACCUCCAGAAGCACGAGGACACGCACCUGAGCGAGAGGCGCCACCGCUGCACUGUUUGCCAGAAGGUGUUCACUACGCGAGAGUCACUGGCUCGCCACAUGCUGGAACACUCCCGAGGCAAGAUCUUCACCUGUGGUGUCUGCGGGCGGGCCUUUGUGAAGGAGCACCAGCUGCGUAGCCACCACCGCAUGUUCCACUCAAACCAGGUGUACACAUGUUGCUACUGUGGCCUCAGCCUCAAGCUGCGCCACUCUCUGAAGCGGCACCUGCGCAAGAAGCACCCCGAAGAGGAGGCCCAGUGGUCCAACCCCGAUGCGCUUAGCGCCAUGCUCGUCUCUAAGGCUCUCGGGAACACAGGGCUCGAAUCAGACAUGGGCCUGGACGCGGAUGCCACUGUCGAGAGUCUUCAGCAUGCUGCAGAGACAGCUACCAAUCCAACAGUGACCAACUUUGAAGUGGCUUUUGAAGGCACAAACAUUACUGCUGCCAUGUCCGGUGUUGGCACCAACAUUGUGCAGGACACUACGGAAUCCCUUGUGGCCAAUGUAAUGGGUGAACAUGGCAGCUCAGAGGUUCUCUUGGCAGUUGAAGGCCUUAGCAGUGAGGAACUUCGUGAGGCAAUUGCCAGUGGUCGGGCCCAGAUAAAGCAGGGGCCCACACCAGAUACUAUUGAGAUCUCUAUGCCUUUUGAUGUGACAGAUGAAGCUGGCAGGCAGGUGACAUACAUGGCUAACCUGGUGGACCCUACGGACCAAGUGGUGGUCAAGGAUGAGACAUCUGUAAUCAUGGAGAAUGUGCUUGAGGAAGAGUCUGUGCUGAAUCAAGCAGCGUCCAGCCAGUAUGUUGUCUCCACUGGUGUGUCUGAGCUGACUGAAACAGUGGUUGCUACGGGAACCGUGGCAGAGGACCAUGCUGCCAUCCAAUCUCUGCAGGAUGAUUCAUCUUCACAGAUGCAGAACAUGGUGGUACAGGAAGCGGCUGACACAAGUUCAGAGCCGUGCUACGUCACCCUGCCUACAUAUGAGACCGAAGCAGCAGCACCAGAUGAUCAGCAGACGGCACUCGAGGCUGCAGAUGGUGGAGUGGCAGUAGCAACAGCUGGAGUGACUGCACCUUCUGACCUGCCAGCUGACCUCUCCUAUGAGGAGCCUCAGUUUGUGGUCACUGAGCAAGAAGUUGCUGAUGGUGAUCAUGUUGUCUACGAAACUGGCCAGCUCCAAGAACAAGCAGCCAUACCCCAAGGCACAAUUGUUCUCGAUGAUGGUACCAUACUGCAACAAGAGGAACAGCAGGGUGGUUCUACUGACCUUCUGCUUUACGUUCUCACUACCAGUGACACCCAGGAUGACUGAUCCAAGAUGAGAUCAGUGACCAGCGUAGGCGCAAAGUUGUGUAACAAUGGCAUUGAACUGAGGCCUGUGCGUAAAGUGCAAUGUUGUAAUGCAAGUCAUGGCAGACUUGUGUGACCACAGACAUGAUUGCAUGCUGCUUUCCAACCUGUGAUUGGCCACAAGUGGAUGUUUUGCACUUUCUGAGGAAUGUGUACAGUCAUUAGUGGGUAAACAAUGUGACGCUGGUUGACAGGUGUCACUGGCACAAAUGUUGCUUAAUGCCUGGAUCAAUUACUUUUAAUUGGCGACAUUGUUUGUGAUAAGGUCGAAUGGCAUAGUAUUAUAUACAGGGUGUUUCUUCUUUAGCUGUGUCAAAUUUUGAAUAAAGGAGUUCUUGCGGGAGCUAUGGGAACCAUUGUUGCACCUUCAUGGGCUCGCUGAAAUUGAAACUGAUGGGGAAAAAGAGUGCAUAUGACAUUGGUCUCGCUACCCAGACCUUAUGUCACUCUGCAGCUGUCACCUGUGACAUGCCACUGUAGGAAGCUGGCGCGUUGUAGCAGGCAUUUCUCACUUUUUCUGGCAGCAAGCAGCCCAUUGUUUCCCAGUGAUAGUGAAUGCUGACAGCUGAAAAAUGUGCUGUGGCACAAAAGUGGUGCACUACGAAACAAUGAGGUAGAUUUGGCACCACACCAACAUCGAGAUGUUAUGUUGCCACAGAAAGUAGAAAAGUGACGAAAGCAGGCUGCAAGGCAUUGGCUCACAGGAUCGUGCCAAUGGUGACUGUGGCGGUAUGACAAUAGGCAGCCCCCCCCCCCCCCCCUGGGUGACAAGAUUUGACGUGAUACGUACUUUAUUCCCAGUCACAACAUUUCUGUGUCACUGAGUCUGCAAAGGUGAAAUAAUUGUUCAGACAGCUCGCACAAAACCAUUAAAUUUUAGAUUGUAUCAUCUGGCAAAACAAUGUCAAGGGUGAGCCUUUCAAUGGCUCAAAUGCAUAAGCCAUGUAAGACUAAAAACUAGCUGUUCAUUACAUACAUAACUGUGCAAACGUAUAACCAGGACAACAAAUAUUGACACUAAAAUGGUAAGUGUGAGGCCACUAACUUAUAUUCCCUUAAUUUUAAAAGUUUAGUACAGCUAAAGGAAACCACCCUUUGUAUAUAUUACGACAGGGCAUUUCCAUAAUGGCUGUCAAAGAUUUCCAAGGAGAGUGCAGUAAAAAUGAAUCUAUUUCUUCGUGAUACAUCACUAAUGCCAGUGCAUAACAGAAAUCGGUGCCUCUUAACAUUGCCCUGAAGACUGUCGUGAACCAUUUUUAUGAAACAACGUGCUAAAGGGGCCCAGAAACACUUUUUGAACAUGCUAGUAAGAAAACGUUGCCGAUCUGUACUGCGCGCUUUUAGUAGGCAAUAAUCCAAACGCGUCGCCGUUCCCUGUUGCAGGCGGUGCGAUGUGGGCAUCGUGUUUCGCUUCGGCGGCAUCCGGCGUUGUCCACCAACUAGAUUUUGUUUCGGUUUCCCGUCGCCCUCUUAAAACACCACGCAGUAGGAAAACAACAGAACGCGCCUCGGGCCGCCGGAGCACCACCAGCUUGAUGCGCGUCGGCGUCUCGUGCCGCAACGAUCCGCGUGACGCUUGACAUUAUGUAGAUGUCAACAAUAAUUGAGUCUGUCAAAUUUUUUUAGUUACUUCAGAUCGUACGUUUUCCAGGUUAGUGCACUUUUUAGCGUUCUCUUUUUUUUUUUAAGAACAUAUGAACGAGGUUCUACUGUAUUAUUGCGCUGCAUGAAGCAGGAAAUUUACCAUCUCGUCUCUAAAACAGUGAAAAAUUGCUUGCUCCACUUCUGGAGUGUCAUUGUGCAGUGUCAUCACAAGCAGCUGGACUCAAAAGCAGCUAUUGGCUGAUUUUGUGAUUGUGAGAACAUUCUCAGUAAUACUUAAUUGGUAACAUUGAGCUAAAUAAAUCAAACACAUGUACGUCUGUGAUCUCCAAAUAAAGAAAAAUAAUUUCAUCGUUUCGCUGCCGAUCUAAGCACGACAGUAGUGCGUAGCUGUGCCUGCUGUGCGUGGCCACCAUGGGGUGCCGUGAUGAGCCCUUUUGCCGCUGAGACACUGAACUUUUCAGCGGUGCUAUGCUCCCUCGGCUUCCUUGCUCUGUAGCUUCCAGCGCACUAGCAGAGACGAAAAGAGCUAGAGAAAAAGCCGCAUAUCGAUAUGCUAACUCCACUUAUACUUGGAGGAUGUGAAAAAGUUCUACGGCCUGAGAUUUGUGAGACGAUAUCCUUUAAUUGUGAGGCCAUUCUAUGAUCAGUUAGAAAAGUGUUUCAGGGCCCCUUUAAGUGGAAUGUGAAUGAUUUUGCAAGAUGUUUCAAGGAUUUGGUAUCCCGUGGUUGGUGCUAGUCUCUGUACUCAAAAUUUGUGAACAAUUGUCUGUCUUGAAUUUUGCAAUUACAUGUCCUCUAAAGCAAACAACCAAACAGUUAAUUAUUGGCCACAACAGAAUUAGUGAGUUUGUCACUGAUUAUAUCAGCAUAUUUCUGAUGUCUGCUGGUAAGAGCAGUAAUGUGUUGCUGAAGUAGUGCUAGAUUCACUGAAAAAAAAAUGUUUCUUUUGAUAGUGUUUGCAUAAACACCUGCAUUUUUUUUUUUAUUUUGGUGGGGGACCUCUCUUCCCGAAGAGUGAGGAAUGAAGUGCGUGCGAUUAUAUCGUCAGCUUGUUUUGCAUCUAUAGUAGUGCCACCUGUAGACAAUUUAGGGGUGUGCUUGGCAUUUGCUUACAGCACUCAUGUAUAAACCUGCAAGGACUGAAACUCUCCCAUUAGCUUAAGGCUAGAGAAAACAAGAUGCUGCUAUCUACAUUCAAGCCUCUCCAGAUUAUUAGAGAGAUCUGCAACUGGUUUAUGACCACUGCAGCAUACAGGUACAGUCCAUUUGCCGUCCCAUUAUUGUAUAUACCUGGCAUAUUAAGCACCUGCCUCUUGCAUUGCACAUGUACAGUGAUUUCAUUGUGAAAUAACUUGUAGCUGAUUCACCUCGAACCUGCAUCUGCAUUUUAGCCUUAUCUACUCACUUCCAAUUCAGUCAUGUCAAUGAAUGCCAAGUCGCGAAAGUUAGGUAGGAGUUCUGAUUUACAGAAACAAAAGCUUUGCUGAGGUAAUUCAGAUUUGCACAGUGGAAUAUAUAUAUAUAUAAAAGCGAGACACAAUCUCAGCCAUAGGAUUGACAUACCACCUGCUGUCGAGCACCAAACGGGAUAAGGUACCACGAGCCUUCUUGCUACUUGUGAUUCUAAAGUACCCAAGAGUUUUUGUGGUCAGUAUUAUCGUAUGGGCUGGUUUGCCAUGCCUGCAUAAUGAAAAAUUCCGGCAAUGAGUUGGGAGAUGAAAAGUAUCCGAAAAAUCCAUGGAUAAUGAAAAAUCUCCGUUUAGAUGCAAGGAUAAUGUUGGCUUGCGCCACCAUGUUCUACCCCAAUCUACAUUUGCAUAUGAAUGUUAAAUCAAAAUGCCAUAAUCUCACAUCACAGUUGCCAGGAUGUUGUCUUCCCUAGCAUUAACUCUGAAAAGGUCUCUCAUUGUAAAAGCAGGUGCGGCUACAGUUUUCAAUGACAAACAAAUGUAGAAUUUAACUACUUGGCCUGCUAUUACAGAGAUUUGGCUUAUUAGGUUUGAGUACAUUACGCAAGCAGUACAAAUAUGACAAAGCGAAGCUGAUGACACAGGCACUUUGCGGCAAAGGCACGUGCUAGUGUUUAUUUGCAAAAUUAAAGGCCCAUGCUAUUCCUUCAACCAAAUGGCGACACUGUAUGUUUGCCUAUCAAACGAAAUGAAUGUACAGUAAACCUUUGUUGUAAUGAAGUCAUUGGUACAGGAAACUAACUUCUUUAAAGGCGGAUGAGCUAAAGGAGAGUAAUAGCAAAGCAAGGCUAUGAAAAACCUUGUAUAAAGUGAUUUUGUUAUGAUGAGGUUUUACUGUAUGUGAUCAAACGCAUAUGGUAACACAAUACAUCUAUAUGGUAAUUCUGAUAUUUAGUAAAGCAGAGACACUUGUUCUCAUGAAAGACAGUCUGUGAUGCAGCCAAGUUUGUGCACUAAUGUUGCUAAAAAGUCUUUCAAUUGCAUGAUGGCUAACUUUAGAAAAGCAGGUGAAUUAAUGACAUGAAUAUAUGGUAUGGUAUUUAUAGCAUGAAGGUAUGAAUUUAUGCACACACUGUGAAACUGACAGAGAGCUUGUGUCAGUUCAUUCACUGUUACAGAUGGAAACAGCACUUGGUAAUUAUGGUGUGUUUCCCUUUAGCUACUGUGAAUAUACAAAGCCGCUACUAUCACAUACAGCAGGACAGGCUGGCUAAGUAAAGGCCAGUGUAGUGGGGAAACAAGUAAGCAUUCUGGAAGUCUGAUGUAAUGCUAUGCUUUGCUUUUGCAGCUUCUAGAGUACAGAGAAUACUUUACCAUGCAUCCCAAACUGGUGCGGCUUCCUGCUCAUCGCGUGCAGUACUUUUUCCAUGUUUUUGCUAUUUUCUACUGUGCAUAUUUACAAAAAACCUGCGUUCAUGCUCGAAUAUCUACAUGUUCCCAAAACCAUGUCAAUGUGCAUCUUAACAGUGUAUUGUAGCUUUCACUUUCUAGAGCAGUGUUCAUUUACUUGGACAUGAGCUGGGUGCUUCUUUAUAGCCACAGCCAAAGUCUCAGCUCGUGAUCAGCUUAAUGAAUCCAUAAGCACGCUGCCAGCUUAAAACCUGUUUUCAUGACCAUCAUUCCUUGUGUCAAGUGUACAAAUAUGUGUUGUGCACUAUUGUUUGUGAUCAAUGUGCAACAUUUCACAUGUGAUUUAACCUGCUUUUGUGUAACCAUGCAAACGUCUAAAGUGCAUUGUUGGACUUGUCCCCGAGAUGAAAUCCUUGUGACAGUGUCAUCAUACGACAGCACACGAUUUUCUACAGAAGUGUACUAUUUCCAUACAUGUGAGCUGUUUGUAUAUCUGUAUAUAUGCAUUUUCAAGUUAAUGGGUGCUCCAUGUACUUUGCAAAACAGAUGUUUAACUUACAUUUGAUGGAAAGCAUUGGUGUGCAUUGUUUAUUGAAUGAAAUGCAGUUGUGUCUUUGGGAACGAUUUCAGCUAUUACAAAUAGCAAGCUGCCAAUUCUUCAUAGGAGUGCAUGUGUUCAUCUCACGUUUCAAUACAUAUUUACAGUGUAUAGCACAGACUACAUUCAAUUUCUAGAGGUUGCAAUGGGCUUUGAGCUUGAGCAACUGUCCAUAACAAAUCUGCCAAAGCUUUUGUAAAUACAAUUUGUACCAAAUUAAAUGUGUCUUUAUGCAUUUUU